GUAGACGGAGGCGCCGCUGCGGAGAGGCCGGCGUCAAUCUGCGCGCGUCUCUCCUGUGCCCGUUCGUCCGCGGAUGUGCCCGGUGCUUGUCAUUGCUUUACCGUCGGAAACUGCUCGGGAGCAAUUACAGCUUCAUUUGUGGAGUUCAAUUCAUUUCAUGUGACUGAAGUUCGAGCAGACUCGGAUCGGAUUGGCUCUCUCUCCGCCAGUGGCACCGGAGCAUCCGCACUUUGGUUCGGUUCGGCUCAGCUGAUCUUCAUCCGUUCAGCCGGUGUGGACUCUGAGCUCUAACAACUUGAACAACUCCAGGAUGUUGCGUGCCGGGCUGCAGCUGCAGGUUCUUGCGGUUCUGCUUGUGUUGUCAGCAGAAUGUGGUGUGACUCGAGCCGAGACUCCGGCGACGGUCCGGAGAGUGACCCAUCCUCCGCUGCGGCGUCCUUUAGCCGACUCCGCUCUGCUCCCGUGUGUGUUCACCCUGCAGGCCGCCCUGGUCCCGGGACACGGCCCCUUCAUCCACUGGAGCCGCGGCUCCGGAGCGCAGGAGAGGACGGUGCUGUCGGCCCGGGACGGGGUGGUCAGGGUGCACCAGGCGUACGCGGGUCGGGUCAGUCUGCCCGGAUACUCCGCCAACCCACUCAACGCAUCACUGGCGCUUUCCCAGCUCCGCUCCAAUGAUUCCGGGACUUUCCGAUGCCACGUCGCCUUUGGAGAACAUUAUGAGCAGGAUACGGUCAACCUGGAGGUCACAGGUGAGAUCCAAACGGGCCGGAAAUCAUGCCGUAAUGAACUGGACUGA